AUGCCUCAUAAGCACAAGAGACGCGAGCGAGAUGCUUCGCAAUUCGAUCUCCCACCUUCCAUGAUCGCCAAGCCACUUCCUGUGCGCGAACAGCAACCCAAAACUAAGAACGGCAAGAAACCCCAGCAGAAACAGGCCGAUGGCAAAAAGCCAUCAGGCCCAGCAACCAGUCGCCGCAAGGGUGCAAAGGAGGAUGACACCCCGAAAGCCUUCCAGCGCCUGAUGCAAUUCAGAACAACCGGCCGACGGGCGCCCUCGGGUCUAGAAACCGGCGAGAAAAAAGAGAACAAGAAGCGCAAGCGCGAGGAAGCAGCAGAUACCACGAAAGGACCUCAGAAGAAACAUGCCACCACACUCUCCGAACAAGCUGCGUCCAGUGGUGCCGAUGCCAAGAAGGCCAUGCCGAAGAUUCUACCAGGCGAGAAGCUAGCAGAUUUCGCGGCGCGCGUUGAUCGUGCGAUGCCGCUUUCGGCGAUUACCAAGUCGGCUCAAUCUGGUGCGCCUGGGAUUCGGACUCACAAGAUUACGAAGCAUGAGAAGCAUCUCCGUCGGUUGCAAGAGGGGUGGCGGAAGGAAGAUGCGCGGAUCAAGGAGAAGGAGCAGGCUGAGCGAGAGGAGAGGGAAUUUGAGAUGGGUGAUCAGCUAGAGCUGUUGAAUCAGUGGGAGCAGGAGAUGCGGGGUGGCAAGGCUAAGAAGAAGAAUCUUGUGAAAAAGAAGAAGGGCGGUGAUGAUGCUGGGAGUGAUGAUGAUGAUCCCGAUCCUUGGGCGAAGCUGAAGAAGCGGGAUAAGGAGCGGAAGGCUAAUCCGUUUGAGGUUGCUCAGGCGCCACCUACUUUGGCGAAACCAAGGGAGAUCUUCAAGGUUCGUGGUGGUGCCAAGGUGGACGUUGCCAAUAUUCCCAAUGCCGUGGGAAGCUUGAGGCGACGAGAGGAGUUGGCUGGAGAGAGAAGGAAUAUUGUGGAAGAGUACCGUCGCUUGAUGGCCGAGAGACGUGGAGGAUGA